UAUGAAUUAAUAUGAGGAUGACUUAUUUUUGAUUUUUGUGUAACGAGUUUACGAAUUGCUAUAAUCCAAAUAAGUAAUCUAAGACUUAGUUGAUAAUGGAUUUGAUUAAUGGGAAUAGACUAAAGAACUUACAGUUGAUAUACUAUUAGAAUUAGGAGUGCAAAAAGACAAAGCUGUUUAAAUAAUUUAAAUCAUAAAUGAAAUUUAUAAGUAACCAUUAUCUGCUAAAUCUAAUUCUAAACCCUUAACAUUAGAAUUAAUGACCAAAGGUUUAAAUAAAAAAAAAGAUUAUUCAAAAAGACCACCUCUUAAGAAAUAAGAUUAAUUGUCUGAUUGUUGUGUGCUUUCACUUAAUGGUUUAGGAUUAACAUCAUUAAAUGAUUGUAUUUCCAUGGCCAAAGGACUAUAGGUACUCCAUAUUUAUGAUAAUAAUUUGUAAUAAUUAGUAUUAUAGGAUUUAUAAUUCUUGAGAAUACUAAAUGCUUAAAAUAAUUAAUUAAAAUCAGUUGAAUUUGAAUAAUUACCUAGUUUAGAGAAAGCAUACUUUGAUAAAAAUUGUUUAACUACUGUACCAAUAUUGCCUAGUAGAUUGAAUACUCUCUCUCUUUCUAAUUAAAAUACAAAAGAAUUUCAAUUUCCAGAUGAAUCAUUUGAAUUAGCAGCUUUCUCUUUAAUUAAUUUAACUUGUGAAAAUUCUAAUGUUGAAUUUAUAUUGACAUUAGGUUCUUUGCAAAAUUUAGAAUAUUUAAAUUUAAAAAAUAAUAAAAUUAAAGAAUUUGAUGUAUUUUAUUUAUAUAUUUAAAGGACAUUGAAGAUUCAAUAUCCAAUUUACCAAAUAUUAAAGAAAUAGAUUUGAGAGGAAAUCCAAUCACUUAAGUAUAUAAGUAUAGAGAUAGAAUUGUUUUAUUAUGUAAAACAAUAUGUAAAUUUUAAAUUAUAAAUAUAAUAGAAACUAUUGAUAGUAAAACAGUAUUGGCAAAUGAACGUUAAUAUCUUAUUAAUUUAGGAAAGUAAAAGAUUUUAAGAAGAAAUUAAAGUUUGGAAGGAAAGAAAUAAACAAUUUAGAAACCAUCGAUAAGUGGUGUUAAAUAGAAAAUUUUAUCUAAUGAAGAAUAAAGAUCACAUUAAUAAUAAGGAAUAUCAAAAACUAUUAAUUCUGCUAAUUAUUUUAAUGAUAACACACCUAUCAUGCUUACUAAACAUAAAUGA